UUCGUCCUAUCCAAUUGAAACCUCAAAGUGGAUAUGAUUUCUUAUCUAAUCAAUACCCCAUAUCCCUUCUCUCUCUUUCACGCCACAGAACAACACACAAAUUAUGGAAGCUAUCUUCGUUACCAAACCAAUUUCUCACUUCAAACCCAAACACUCUCUACCUCCCAAAAACCCAUUUCUCUCCCACCACCAAUCUCUCCCUUUCCGCCACAAACCCACCCACUUCCCCACCAUAACUGCCGCAAUUCAAAACCAACAACAAGAACAACAGGAAACUACUCCCAAAGAAUUCGAAGAUGAAUCCUACGGCGAAGUCAAGAAAAUCAUCGGAAGCAAAGCACUGGAAGACUCCACCGGUAUGGAGUAUCUCAUAGAAUGGAAAGACGGACACGAACCCUCCUGGGUUCCCGCCGACUAUAUAGCAAAAGACGUUCUCUCCGAAUACGAAACCCCCUGGUGGACCGCAGCAAGAAAGGCCAACGAAGCCGAAAUCAGAACAAUCCUCGAAGCCGACGACGGGCGUGACGUGAAUGCCGUGGACGCCGACGGGAGAACCGCGCUUCUCUUCGUGGCGGGACUCGGCUCGGAGCCAUGCGUUAAGCUUCUAGCGGAAGCCGGCGCGAAUCUCGACCAUCAAGACAAUCGCGGCGGCUUAUCCGCGCUUCACAUGGCAGCCGGAUACGUAAGACCAGGAGUCGCGAAGCUGCUUCUGGACCUCGGCGCGGAACCCGAAAUCAGCGACGAUCGAGGGAGAACUGCGUUGGAGCUAGCAAGGGAGUUGUUGAAAGCGACGCCGAAGGGGAAUCCGAUGCAAUUCGGGCGGAGAAUGGGGUUAGAAGGAGUGGUUAGGGUUUUGGAAGGAGCGGUGUUUGAGUAUUCUGAGGUGGAGGAGAUUAUGGAGAAGAGAGGGAAGGGUGAGAAUUUGGAGUAUUUGGUUCGAUGGAAAGAUGAAAGUGCGAACGAGUGGGUGAAAGCGAGGUAUGUGGCGGAGGAUUUGGUGAAGGAUUAUGAGGCUGGGCUUGAGUAUGCGGUGGCGGAAGCGGUGGUUGGUCGGAGACUUGGGGAUGAUGGGAAGUAUGAGUGUUUGGUGAAAUGGGUUGAUUUGGAAGAGCCCAGUUGGGAGCCUGAGGAGAAUGUUGAUUCGGAGCUUGUUAAGAUGUUUGAAGUGAAUAAUAGUCAAGCCCGGCCCAGUGAUGAUAAUGGGCUUUCUACACCUGGUUUGAGUCAGGAUGGCCCAACUAUUGCUAGUGCUUGAGAAUUGUUUUAUUUCAAAAAUGAAAUGGAUUACAAUUUUUUCUCCAUUUUUGCAUGUUACUUAUGAGUAAUUAGUAUUUUCUUUUUUGGA